AGCCCUCUACAGGGACGUCAUGCAGGAGAACUACGAGACAGUGACCUCACUGGGAUUCCCCCUUCCCAAACCUGAGCUGAUUGUCCGGCUAGAACGAGGGGAAGAGCCAUGGGUGCCCGAUCUCCAGCCCUGGAAGGAAAGAAGGCUUCCGAGAUGCACUCAUACAGUGACCAGACUGAGCUGUCCAAGAUGCACAUUCCUGGGGCGCAAGGCUGGGAGGAGAAAACUGGCUGAUGUUGCUGUGUCGUUUGGUCUAUGAGCUUGUGGAACCCUUUAGUGUGGAACCCUUUAUUAUAUGGAGGAGGAG